AUGGCUUGGAAGAGGCCGACAUGGCUGGGUGGCUCUGGCAACACCAACAACUCCCAGCCGUCUUCGAGCAAGGGUCGACCAGUACGGGCACCAACAGCACGUGGGCGUUCACACGAGACGCGCUCCUCCGAGAGCGACUCUACCACCCUCGUCUCAAGCUCCACCACCAGUGGUUCUUGCAAGGCUACCAAGGCCGGCACUGCCACGAGCACGCUAAAGAGGACCGGCGAUGUCGAUGUGGUGGUCAUCGGUGCAGGACUCUCAGGACUCAUCGCAGCAGAUGAGCUCAGUCGGGCAGGGCUUGGCGUCAAGGUGCUCGAAGCAAACGAUCGAGUCGGCGGCAGGACGCUCGAUGUACAACUCGAAGACGGCAACGUCGUCGAGAUGGGCGGCCAAUGGAUCGGUCCCGGACAGACUCAGAUCCUUCAGUUGAUCCAAGAGCUCGGUUUGCAAACCCACGAUACCUACGAUCAAGGCCGCAGCAUCUAUCGCUCCACCGAUGGAAAGGUCAAGACAUACAAUAACAUGAUCCCCUGCGGUAUUCUUCCAUCUCUCGAUCUCCUCCGCGCAACCCGCAAGAUCAACAGCCUUUCCAAAUCCGUCCCUGCAAAGACGCCAUGCCAAGCCAAGGAUGCACGCUACUGGGAUGAGAGGUCCAUUGGCUGCUGGAUCGACGAUGCCAUGUGGACAUUUGAGGCAAAGCAGCUCUUCCGAAUGGCCAUCAAAGCUGUUUAUGCAGAAGACUCGGAAUCCAUCAGCUUCUUGGAUCUCCUCGCCACCGUAGCCGGAGCCGGCGGAGACAUCGAGCAAGUCUUGAGCGAUGCGCAAACCACACGCAUUGUACAAGGACCACAAUCUAUCAGCGAGCGACUUGCCGCUCGUCUCCCCGAAGGCACACUUCAACUCAAUCAAAAGGUAUUGAACAUUCACAAGGCCGACGACGACGAGGCGACACCAGACCAAGAAGCGAUGUACAAAGUUUCGACAGUCGAGGGAGAAUGCAUCAAAGCACCGGUCGUCAUCAUCACUCCGCCUCGUCCGCUCAUCUGUCAAAUGGACUUCCAGCCACCCCUUCCAUCCGGUCUCAUCCAGUACUAUCGUCGUCAGCCCAUGGGCUCAGCCAUCAAGUUCAACGUCGUCUACUCGUCCCCCUUCUGGCGUGCUGCUGGUCUCAGUGGUGCUAUGAUCAACGCAGACGGCGAUAGUCCCGUUCAGAUGACUUACGACAACUCACCUGCCGAUGCCAAACACGGAACCAUUGUUGCAUUCGUGCUCGGCAACAACUCCCGCCGCUUUCUCCACAACAACCCAGACGCCGAAGCUCGCAAGAAGAUCGUGCUUGACUUCCUCGCGACCCUCUUUGGACCCGAGGCGCUCAACGCUCAGCAGGUACACGAAAUGAACUGGACGCUCGCACCUUACGCAACGGGAGGUUACGGAUCCUUCAACCCACCAGGCGUGCUCACCAGCUUCGAGGAGGACGAGCGUGACGAAAUGUCCAAGAUCGGCAACCUCUACUUUGCCGGCGACGCCACCAGCGAGAUUUGGCAAGGGUACAUGGAAGGUGCUCUCCUAUCCGGAAGGCGUGUGGCCAGCCGCAUUGUUUCCACCUUCGAGCCCUAA